UUCAAAGAUUCAAUUUGGAAUGGAAAACGACUGAAACAAAAUAUUGCGGUUAAUGUCUUGAAAUGGCGCUAGGUGGUGUCGCAGUUUUGCGAAACGUUUAGUGAUGGCGCUAGCUACCACCCCGUUUCACGCACACGGCGCGAAUUUUGAAGCGGUUGGUUCAGUCGUUCAGUUGAAGCCAUGGCGCUUAACCUACAAGCACCGGCGAAGGGGCCGCGCGUGUCGGAGGCUCAGAAGGAGACGGUGGUCGCCUUCAUGGAAGCGCAUCCCCAGCUGGCUAUAAGAUCCAGCGAGCUGGGGCCGCGCUUCACUGCUGGCGACCGCCGACGGCUGUGGCAGCAGCUAGCCGACCAGCUCAACACUCAAGGCCCCGUCGUGAAAACCACCGAGCAGGGGCAAGAGUGGUGGCGGAAGCAGGUGUUCGAGGCCCGCCGCAACGCUGCCGCACUUGCCCAAGAACAAAGAAGCACAGGAGGGGGGCGGCUACAUGGCUUUCAUGGCCGAGUCCUGGAGCUCACCGGGACGGUCCGCCUCCACGGUGUGACCGACCUCCCCUACCAAGAGCAGGCUGACGUCCCCACCUGCGCGAUGGAAGUCGUCGUCCAAGACGAGGCUGCGGGCGUGAGCACAGCGACACGUAAGCAUCAGAGGAAUGAGUGUUUUAAUUAUCGCCAAUUGUGUGUGCAGUUCGUAAACAUUAAUGUGUUUACUCUACAGCGGCAGAGGAUCCACCGCGCGGCGCGGCGCCUGCCGAAAGGGUGGCUGCUGCACCUGGUAAGUUAUUGAUCCUCAAGCUGUUAAAUAAAAUGAGCUCUUGUAUUUUACUGAACUAGCCCAAUAAGCCAUAACAUGGCCAUAGCCACUUUUAUUCGUACCAUAAAAUGCAGUGCAACUGUAGAAAAUGCUGUAUGUUUUCAGUGUUGCAGCACCCUGUUCGGCCACCACGUCGACAGCGACCGCGACGGGUGGAUACCCUGACGACGAUGUCGUCGCAGUGCGCCCGCAGCCUGGAACAGGGCGACGAGGUGCUGCAGGUUGGUAGGCCCUUUGGUGUCAUUUUACAUGAAGGACAUAAAUAUUCUUUA